AUGAAUCACCGUUCACAUAAAGAGGAGCAAAAAGGCGGAGGUUCACGGGCACAGCCGCAUACAUCUGAUCCUCCAUUCACGAGCUGCGAUGCAAAAGAAUAUCUUUCGAUGAAUGGCAAGAUCCUCUAUGUCAAGCUAUCUUGGAAAUCGUUUCGAGGAGAUACCUGCCUUGAAGAUGACGAGCGCAGUGGACGACCACGAACCAUUGAUGAUGAUGAACUGCUACGAGCUGUCACAGCGAACCCGGAAGCCACUACGCGUGAGUUAGCCGUGACACUUGGAUGCUCCCAUGCCACCAUCGAGAACUUCCUUCAAAGGCACGGUUAUCGAAAAGUGCUGUCAAGA